ACGGCCCGGAGUCGGGGGGUGAAAGUUCGCCGUGGGCUGCGCGCGGUCGAAAGCAAAGCGUUCUGAUCAGUUGCUUUGAUUGUUUGCUUUAGGGGGUCCUUCGGUGAAACAGAAGUUUGUUUUCUCUCUGAAUCCGUGGUCCGUAGUGUAGCUUUUUCGUGUGAAAAGGACCCGCGUGCCCGGCGCCGUGGGCUCGCCCUUCCUUGAUAAGCAAGCUCCCUGCAUCUCUUGCUGCAGCCACGGGCCGCGUUACGUUACGGUGUGGAAAAGAACGUGCCGUUCCGAUUUUUUCAGCUUGGUGAUUUUCAGGUUCGAAGUGUCUGAAAUACUUCCCGAUGGCAUUCAUGGCAGAAUUUCAAAUGUAAGACUGUGCCAUGCUGGGAUGAUAUAGCUACAAAUUCAGUUUGUCCGCUGAUUCCUGCCUCUGGGAGGUCACCUGGUGACUAGAGUCCAGUGUGAGAAGCUAGUGUGGUUUUAAUUUUUCACUUGCGUCGCGUGUAUCCGUGUUUAAAGACUACCUAAUAACCAAGUCAGAAAUGCGCGCCAGGAGGCGGGGGUCUCACGGUGCAGGGACGGGGUGGGAGGCCCGUGACAGCCGGGGAGGGCACAUUUGAAGGAAGGUAGCUGUCACUGCCUGCGGUAGACACGUCUGUUUCUUAAUCUGUGCCGGAUUGGUAGCUGCAGAGCUGAGGCCUAAGGGCGGAGGCCAUUGGGAGCUGGGUACCGGAAUCGAUCUUUCCAGGGGCUGCUUGGCCGCUGUUUCUCUGUUGCAGCGCUUGACAUACCGUUGUAGGCAGCUGAGUGAGGCAGACAUAGUACAGGCACGGAGACAGGGCCAGGCCCGCCAAGGAGCCAGUAUGGAAGAGAAGACACCCCGCAGCUGUGGGAGAGGCCGGCACUUCCCCUGUGGGCCAGACCUCAGGACAAAAGCUUCAGCUCCUUGCUGGAACGGUCCUUCUCAGCCCUUUCCUCCGCCCCUCCCCUCCCAGCCAGACCUGCACAUCCUGGAGAACAGUGAGAAAUUCCUCGGUGGACAUUUUCACCAGGUUUUGGCUCUGAGCCCUUGAGCAGCAUCUGGAUGGGUUCCCCGGUCAGCUCGAGGAAAACCAGACAGCUUCCAACACUCAAGCCAAGAUCUGCAGGAGUUUCUUUGCCUUGUUCUAAUAUCUAGGCCUUUCUAGUUUCCAUGUCAGCUGCUUGAGAUUAAGGAUCUUGCUGAAUUCCCCAAGCUGGAUUUGAACUUGGGGAUUCACCUGUCUCACCCUCCCAGAAGGCUAAGAUUAUAGGCACGCACCAGCACGCACUCUUUUGAAAAGGAUUGACCUGCUGUUCUGGAGUCAGACGCGCCACCCUUGCGCUACGAGGUCCUUAACCUGCUGUCCUGUAACCCACUCAGUAGUGAUAACUGAGUCCAAGCUCACUAUUGCUCGGACAUUGUUCUGAGCACUUCCCCGCGUCAGAUCUGUGAAACAGGUACAGAAAGGCUCGAUACCUCACCUGAAGUCAAAGAACUACUAAGUAGAAGGGCUGAAGGUCAAACCCAGCUAGUACGGCUCCAGGAGCAAUGUUCUUGUACGGCGUCCGCUUCCCAUAGUUUUUAGGGAGCGCACUUCGGCUGGCGUCUGUCCAAAUCUAGGGUGCUUCACGUGCAGAGAGAGCGCAUGAGGAGUCCCUCUGAAGUGGAGACAGCACGGGGUGGCAGUUGCAUCUGCUGACCUUGGGGAGAGAACGUUAAUAGAAGAGGACCCUACAGGACGGGUCGCAGAAUCUGACCAGAGGUCCAGCCCAGUGAUCUGAAGACCCGGCUGGUGCACUGGAAGGAGCUCACCCAGGCCGGGCCAUCAUGACCCACCUGCUGGCCUCCGAAGUUCAGCAGCUGCUCCACAACAAGUUUGUGGUCAUCCUGGGGGACUCCGUGCAGAGGGCCGUGUACAAGGACCUGGUGCUCUUACUGCAGAAGGACUCUCUGCUCACCCCCAGCCAGCUCAGGGCCAAGGGGGAGAUGAGCUUCGAACAGGACACUCUGAUGAUUGGAGGCCAGAAGGGCUCCAUGCACAGCGGCAUCCACUACCGCGAGGUGCGCCAGUUCUGCUCGGACCACCACCUGGUGCGCUUCUACUUCCUCACCCGCGUGUACUCCAACUACCUGGAGGCCGUCCUGACGGAGCUGCAGGCCGGCGAGCACACCCCCGACGUGCUCAUCAUGAACUCCUGCCUCUGGGACAUCUCCAGGUAUGGCCAGAACUCCUGGAAGAGCUACCUGCACAACCUGGAGACCCUGUUUGAGCGUCUGGGCCAGGUGCUGCCCGAAUCCUGCCUGCUGGUGUGGAACACGGCCAUGCCUGUGGGCAGCAAAAUCAAGGCGAGCUUCCUCCCUCGCGGUGGCUGGCCCUGGGCGGUCCCCCUGAAGCACUGUGUCAUCGAAGCCAACUUCUACAGCUCGACCAAGGCCGUCAGCCACGGCUUCGACGUGCUGGACUUGCAUUUCCACUUCCGCCGCGCCAUGGGGGGCCUGCAGACAGACGGGGUGCACUGGAACGAGCACACCCACCGCCAGCUCUCCUGCCUGCUCCUGGCCCAUGUGGCGGACGCCUGGGGUGUAGAGCUGCCCCUUAGGGCCCCGCUGGACACGCUGAGCCAAAGUGGUCCUGCCGAGGAACACCCUGGCCGGGGCGUCAAGCGGCGGCGCCCUGCUUAUUACCAAGACCCCGGGGCCUCCCCUCCGCCGCCACCCUGGCCCCAGCCCCUGCUCGGGUCCCCGCCCUUCCCUGUGCCCGCAUUCAUGCCCCGGCCACCUCCACUCCUGUUCCAGUCGCCUCCUCCGGUUCCCCCUUAUCAGAGGACGCCCCCCUUCCCACUCCAUCCCCAGGGUCCCUAUUUUUCCACAGACCAUAUUUUCCAGUCUGAUCAGUUCUAUCUGCAUUCAGACAUCCCCUCAUCCACCCAGCCGGGAUUUGCCUUUGAGAUGGACUUCCUGUUUGACCCUCAGCCGCCUAUGUCUGGCUUCCCCUCACCCUGUUACCAGCAGCGGGCCCCUGUGGUGUACAAAGGUUUCCCCAAGUGUCAAGUUGAGGGCCCCUACCCGCCCUGGAGAGGACAGCACCCCUAUAUGCCCCGGAGAGGGCGGCCCAGACAGACAAACAGACGUGCCCGGGCAAAGGCCGCAGUAGCCUGACCUCGGCCUUUUUCCUCACGGACACCACUGUGAGGUCUGUCCGGCUCCUGUUUCCCUGGGCACGGCCUGCGCACCCUGACUCCACCGAUUUAAGCCCUGAGAGCAGAGGCCAGAAGCCCUCGGAGUCCAUGCGUGGACAUCCUUGCUCGUUGCUGCGGCCAGUAAAGGCCAGAAGAGCAGUCUGACCCAUUCUCGCUGCCUAUCGGCUCCACCCCCAGAGGUGACCAAGCAUUAUCGCUGCUUCCCCACUCCCUGUUCUUUUUGCUUUUUUGUAAAAGUAAAAUUGAAAUACAGAAACUGUUUCACAAAAGUAA